AUGAUUCCAAGAUGUGAUUUUGAGACAAUUAAUGAUGAUUCAGAUAUCAGAAUUGUCUUCCUAAAGAAGAGAGUUCUCGCUGUUGUGGAAUGCCACUUAGGAAGGACAAGUCCAACAAAUGCAGAUAUACCGAUGAAUCAUUCACUGAUGCUCCGAUGGUUGAGACUGAUGGUUGAGACUGAAGCUGGAAUCAAUGGCUUACAAAUAAUACACAAGACUUAUCUUCAAGCCUUAGACAUCUACGAUUGGCUGCAUUUGGAUCUGUUUAUUAUGAUAUACGAGGAGAAAGCGGACUACCUGCAGAGAAUUAACCAUCCUCCUUAUUCGUCCUGCCAUGGAGGAGAGCGCAAUAUGUAA